GUCCAAACCUCAACCCUUUCCUGUGCUCCUGUUCUUGCUUUAGCUCUAUCUUUCUCUCUGUCUCUCUGUUUCCAGAACAGCAAUGGUAGUAGAAGACAUGUGUUUCUUCAACAAGGACAUUCUCGUUAUAAAACCUCAUAAGAAAUCGCCACUGUUGUUAAGGAUGUCGGUGUUGAUAUUCUCAAUGUUAUGUGGCGUUUUUAUCUGUUCUGUAUGUCUAAAGCAGAUAAGCACCCACGCUAGGACUAUACUAAUGGAGUUGCGAGAGAUUGAGAAGCCUUCUCGGAGUAGAUUGAACCGAGCUGAUACCCCUUACACACAUUACCCCAAACCUUUGUCUUUUAACAGGAGUGAGUGUGAUCGUAAUCCUGUACUAUUCUUUGCCAUAUUGACAAAUCAGAGAUCAGGCAGUGGGUGGUUUGAGACCCUUUUGAAUAGCCAUAUUAAUUUAAGCUCAAAUGGGGAGAUAUUUUCAGUUAGAGAAAGACGAGUAAAUGUUUCUACAAUUGUACAUACUUUAGAUAAAGUUUACAACUUGGAUUGGCUCAGUAGUGCUUCCAAGAAUGAGUGCUCCGCUGCAAUUGGCUUAAAGUGGAUGCUGAAUCAGGGAUUAAUGGAGCACCCUAAGGAAAUAGCAGACUACUUCAACCGUAGAAGUGUUUCUGUCAUAUUUCUUUUCCGGAGGAACUUAUUACGUAGAUUAGUAUCAAUGCUUGCCAAUUCCUAUGACCGUUAUGCUAAGCUAUUGAACGGAACUCAUAAAUCUCAUGUUCAUUCUCCAGAAGAGGCUGAGACUCUUUCAAAAUACAAGCCUACCAUAAAUUCUACGUCAUUGCUGACUGACUUGAAGGAUAUGGAGAUGAUAGCUGCAAAGGCUCUAGAAUACUUCAACACCACUCGGCAUAUGAUCUUGUACUACGAGGAUCUUAUAAGAAAUCGCACUAAGCUAAAAGAUGUGCAAGAAUUUUUAGGACUGGCACAGAUGGAGUUAACAAGCCGUCAGGUUAAGAUACAUAGAGGACCAUUGUCAGAGCACAUUAAAAAUUGGGAUGACAUUAACAAGACACUAAAAGGAACUGCUUAUGAGAGUUUCCUCCAAACUGAUUAUUCAUCGUAACCUCUUCUAACUCCUGUAAAGGUGUAAAUAUCAACAACACUGAUUUUGUCUCAGGAAAGAGUUUAAAGUUUUGGUGCGGGUAGGAAACACUAUCUCCAUGUUCUGAUGCUUCUUUUCACUGCCUCCCAAUCAACACUCCCGUUGAUAAGAUGCAUGCCUUUGGUUCUUUUGUAAUCUUUUAUGUGCAUUCUUGAAUGACUUUGUAUAU